AUGUCUACCACUACCAAGAUUGCUCAGAUCAUCAGCAUCUCGUCAGCCUUGCUAGGAGCUGGCGGGAUUGCCGCACUAUCACUCUACAAUGUUCCCCAGUUGAAAGCCCAGCCAGCGGACCGGUCACUACCCGCCAUCAGGUGGAUAUUCAGUCGGGGCUCUCACACCUUCCCGGUGGCUAUCAACACCUCGACCGCAGGCUUCCUCUAUCUGGCAUACACAUACAUCCCCCAAGAUCUACGCACCUUCACCCAGCUCUUCAAAACCGCCAAUGGGUUGAAAGUCAACGGCUACUUGGCUGCAUCAGUGCUGUCAUUCAGCAUCGCAAUCUACACGGCUUGGUUCAUGAUCCCGAACAACUUCGCACUGAUCAAGAAGAACGAGGAGAAAGGCGGGGCUCGCAGCGCCAACAGCGCCAGGACGAUGCGUGAGCAGGGCUAUCGACCGGGCGACCGCAGUGCAGAGGACUCUGUUUAUAGUAAGGGCGAGGGGAACGAGUUUACUGAUCUCAGUGGACCGCAAUCGAAGACGGAGAGUUCGUCUGGUGAGGCUGAAGACCGCAAAGUCUGGGAAAUGCUGGAUAAGUUUGGUAGACAGAAUCUCUUGCGGGCUGUUGGGCUUGGGCUGGGUGGUGUUGUUGGGCUUGUGACUGCAUUGAGUUGA